AUGGCAUUCAUUCUCAUCGUCAUUGGGCUCAUCACUGCCAUAUAUUGGCGUCAACGACAUUUACGUGAUAACAGCUCAUCUGUUGGGGAAUCCCAUCGCUACGAAUCAUCAGAUUCAUCGUUCGCUUCCUGCGAAGAAGCAUCAUUGAGCUCACCCAUUUUUGACGACGAGAAUGACGACGUCGAUUCUGCAGUUCCAUCACCACUUUCGGUUUUGGACGACACUCAUUCUACUCAACGUGAUAUGUCCUCAAGGCCGUUAUCACCCGACUACUCCUUCAAGUUCGACAAGGAACUGUAUAAGGAAUGGAACUGGUCAGAGAUCUACGCACCACAACCAGAACUGAUGGCCUACGUCAAGCACAUUGUCAAGCGUUACAACCUCGAACCUCUGAUUCAAUUCCGCUCCAAAGUCAUAAGCGCUGUAUGGUCCGACACGGAUUUCAACUGGACUGUUACCGUCGAUCACCAAACAGCUGAUGGCAAAUCCGAAACUCAAACCUGGGUUGGUCGACACUUGGUAUUGGCUACUGGUUGUUUGUCUUGUCCAAACAUUGUUCCAUUCAAUGGUAUGAAGGAGUUCAAGGGCAAGAUCUACCAUACUGCUCAAUGGCCCAAAGGAGGUGUUGAUUUCACCGGCCAGCGUGUGGCUGUCAUCGGAACUGGAUCAUCUGCUCUCCAAUCCAUCCCUAUUAUCGCAGCACAAGCUGAGCACUUGACCGUCUUCCAACGAACGGCCACUUACACUGUCCCAGCUUGGAACCGCAAGCUCGGAGCACAUGAAAUGGAUGAAGAUAAAGAGAAUAUGGAUGGUCUACGUGCCGUUGGCAUGAAAUCAGCAUUCGGUAAUGCAGUGUUUGAAAACUAUUUGAAGCAAAUGAAGGAUCAUACUCCUGAAGAAAUUGAAGCUCGAUUUGAGAAGUUAUGGAAUGAUGGUGGACUGUUCUUCUACGGUGCCUUCCCAGAACUACUGAUAUCUCAAGAAACUUCAAAUGCUGCCCGUGCCUUCUUCCACAAGAAGAUCAAGGCUAUCGUGAAGGAUCCCAAGACUGCUGAAAUGCUUUGUCCUGAGCAUCCUCCAGGUUGCAAACGUAUUUGUGCUGACACCAACUACUGGGACACCUACAACCGUGAGAACGUCAAAUUGGUCUCCAUCAAAGGCAACCCACUUAAAUCCGUUGGUGGUGAAGAUGGUUACAUUGUUCUUGAAAACGGUGAACGGGUCGGUCCAUUCGAUUCCAUCGUCACUGCUGUUGGUUUCGAUGCCAUGACUGGAUCGCUGGAUAAGAUAAACAUUGUCGGUCAGAAUGGAUUGACUUUGAAAAAGGCUUGGAGUGCUGGCCCCGUCAACUACCUUGGUCUAUUGAUCCACGGCUUCCCCAACAUGUAUCACAUUGCUGGACCUGGAUCUCCCUCCGUUCUCGCCAACAUGAUUUACGCCGUGGAGCAACACGUGGAAUGGAUCGGAGACGCCAUCGUCAAAAUGGACAAGGAGCAUGUCAAGUCUAUCAACGCCUCAGAAGAAGCUCAGAACUUAUGGGUCGGACACGUCAAUGCAGUUGCAGACAGUACUCUUUUGGGAAGCUGUAAUUCGUGGUAUUUGGGUGCUAACGUGCCUGGAAAACCAAGAGUAUUCAUGCCAGUGCUUGGAUUCGGAGACUAUGUCAACAAGUGUAACGAAGAAAAGAAGUUGCCAACCGGGCAAAUCAAAACCAUGGCAGUCAAAGCUUUGAUCUGGGCUCUUAUAGCUUCAAUCUCUUCCCAGAUAUUGCAAGUAAAAGCCGAUACUCCAUGGACGUCUACCUCACAGAAUGGCUAUGACUUGUUUGCGAGUGAAACCAACUUAAGAUUCCAAACGGAUCUGCCUGCAGGAUGUGCGCAAGCUGUACAUGACGGGCUGAAUGCGCCGGCACUCGCGUGUGGUUUUGGACUAAUCGACAACAUUAUGACAAAGACUCCAGCUGCACUUACUACUGCCAAUGUGGACGCAACUUGUAAAGCAGUCACGCAAGGAUGUAAUGCUGCGAUUUCUGAAUUCUUGUCGGCUACUACCAUGUGUGGCACGCAUGGGAUCUUUUCACCUGUUCGAGGCUCUCCACCUGACGACCACAAGACAGACUCUGGCAACAACAGCACAGAAGAGAUGGUGGCUGCUGUCUUGCAAGGCAAUAGAGCAAACCUCGGAACAACAGGUCGUACCGUUAUCAACUUGGCGAAUCUGUUUGCAUCGACCUGGGCAAUGGUCUGUUCAAAGGACCCAACCACGCUACAGUACUGCUUAAUAGAAGACGCUGCUAUUGCUUCAUCGGCCGGCAUAGGAUCUCAGUUUUAUUAUAAUGACUUGAACGCCGCCAACAUACAUGCGACUAUUGCCAAACAGGGGACACGACUGUGUAAUAGAUGCACACAAGCUCGGAUGCCAUUUGCUCAGCAAUACGCCGACAUAGCAGUCUUGGCCGAUGUGAAUAUAGUCACUUUGGCAUUAGCAAACAAUCAGGGUAUUGGGUGCACUGGAACGUACACACUAGCCUCAUUGGAUGAUCAAUAUGGAAACCCAAUAAGUAAUUCCACGACUUCGGGUACGCCGCCUGCUGGUUCUAGAACGACCACAGCUGCCGCUGCUGCCGCUACCACACUUACUAGUGUCUCGACCAACGAUGCAGCUGGCGCAUCAACAGCCUCGUCUAAUGGCCCGGGAUUUCCAACGACAGCUGUUGCAGUCUCUGUAGUUGGAGUAGUUGCUCUGGCAGCAAUGGUCGCAGUCGGUGUUAUGCUGAUACGGAGGUCACGUAACCGUAAAACAUCAACAGGAGGCGUAUCGAAUUCCAACCCACAACCACCUAUGCGCCCAAUGUCAUCAAUUACGGCACAGUCACAACCACUGUCUGAUGCUGGAGUGAACCGAAUGAGUUACCAACCAUCAACUUUCACCGACGCAGAGAGUGGCGAUCUAGGAACUUCAGCAUCAUUGGCACGUCCGUCAUUAAUACGACCAGAAGCCGUCUCGACUCUUGGUCGUGGCCCAACAUCAUCAGCGGUGUAG